UUUGUUUAUUCAAAUGUGGUUGUGAUGUGAACUGGCAACAUCGUGUUGCUUAGUAAAAUCUAGCGGUUAAUGCGGCCGGUAACACUAAAUUUUAUAAUGAAAACCAAAAACAAUCCUUAUUUGAAUGAAUGAAUGUUGCAGUAAAACCUUAAUGUAAUUUUAUACAACAUAGUAUUUGUAAGAGUGUUAAACCUUUUCAUUAAUCAAAAUCAACAGACCUGGCUGUUACCAUGAACUCAGCCUGGCUGGCGUGGGAGUGUAUAGUUUUCGCGGUGUUCAUAUGCGCGUCAUCAUGUUUUCCCCUCUGGAGUCGGAAGAAGGAUGCUGCAGCGGCCGGGAGUGCCAAAAGAGCCUAUAUUUUCGCUGGAGGAGGGGUGUCAGUACUCUCAAUGAUGCUGUCUGUGGCGAGAGGCACAUUGGGUGUACGGUCGUUUUUAGGGUUUCCAUCUGAGCUGGUGUACUUCGGAUCAUCAAUGUGGGAGACCUUAUAUGGAAUGAUCUUGGCGUUUCCUGUGGUCUGUUUGGUGUUUAUUCCUGUGUACUUCCGACUCCAUACGAACUCUGUCUAUCAAUAUUUGGAGAUGCGUUUCGGCUCAAAAUCCGUUCGUCGUCUUGCGGCAGCUACUUUUCUACUCCGCCAAGUACUUAACCUAGCAGUUACAGUAUAUACGCCCACAGUUGCAUUGCACGCAGUCCUCGGUUUGCCCCAUUGGGCUUCCGCUGCUGCGUUGACUGUGGUCACUGUGGUUUUUAAUUUGUUAGGCGGCUUGGCGGCUGCUAUAAGAGCUGAUGUAAUUCAAACGUUGACAAUGGUGCUUGUGAGUGGUGCUUUCAUCAUUCAAGCUACAAUAAAAUCUGGGGGACCAGCGCAAGUCCUUCAAGAUAACAUUGAUGGUGGAAGAAUGAAGUUUUUCAACUUCACUUGGGACCCAACAGUCCGUGUGGACACCUUCUCCGCCAUAAUCGGUCAGCUUUUCAUGUCCGUAUCAAUAUAUGGCUGUCAACAGACCUUCGUACAAAGAUACUGCUCCAUGUCUAGUGAAUCUAAAGUCAGAAGGAUUCUCUUCUCGAACGUUCCAGCAGUUUCUGUCCUCUUCAGUCUAUCCUGGGUGGUCGGGAUGGCCUUAUAUUCCCUAUAUAGAUACUGUGAUCCUCUUAUGAGUGGAAGAAUCAGUGCCCCAGAUGAAGUUCUGCCGUUCUAUGUGCAAGAUAAAUUUGCUUUUCUGCCAGGAAUGCUUGGUUUGUUUUUGGGGAGUAUCUUCAAUGGAGCGCUAAGUUUUCUCGUCUCGAAUAUUAACUCGCUAUCAACUGUGACUUGGGAGGACUUUGUUUCGUCAGCCCCAGCUUUCAGGGACAUCACUGACAAGCAACAAUUGACUGCCAUCAAGAUUAUUGGCAUUAUCUAUUCAAUAAUUAUAAUGAUUAUGUCGCUGUUCGUACGAUUCGUCAAUGGGGUGGUAGAAGCUAAUAUGCUGGUAACAUCGGCGACGUCUGGAGCGCUACUGGGUGUGUUUUUGCUGGCAACCCUAUUCCCUAUGGCGAAUGGAAAGGGGGCGUUAUGUGGCAUGAUUGUCUCUCAUGUAAUAACGAUAUGGAUGGCCAUGGGAAGACUGCUUUAUGUGAAUACUAAAGUGGAUAUGCUGCCACUGUCUGUUAAGGCAUGUCCCAAUGCAACAGUCCGAGCACUGAAUCCGCGAAAUAUGGCGGUCGUUGUUAAUGAGACACUGUCGCGGUACGCCCCUGUCUUUGAAGCUAUUGACAGUAGUCAUACAGCAAAGGAGGCCGUUUCUAAUAACAUAGUGUUUGACAGCCUAAUGAAAUUUUACUCAAUAUCCUACAUGUGGUAUGCCGUAAUAGGGACUCUAGUCUGCGUAGUUUGCGGAGUAAUCGUUGGCUACCUAACGAACCAGGAGUCGGACAAAUUUGACGAGCGACUUCUGCAUCCAUUAGUGGCGAGAAUGGCUCGCAAAUGUCCGGGACAAUCACAUACAUUCACAACGCCCGAUAGGGAGAGAACAUCAGAGGAAAAUGAAGCUUCUGAUAAAACGUGUGAUACGAUAGUUGAGGAUCAAAAAACUCAGACCGGACUUGCUGGUAAUAAAAUAUAUUAUAUUGACAGUAUUGAGCCGCUGAAAACUAGGCUAUGAUAGGAUUAGUGGAUGUGACGUGUGCCAAUUAUGUAUAUAAGUGUAUAUAAGUAGGGUGUAAUAUUUAAUUGGUUUUGUAAGAAUCGAAGUAUUGAUUUUGUAAAAUUUACAGAAUGUUUUUGUGGGUUGAUUACCAUGACCACUAUUAACAAAGUUCCUUAAAAAUGUGAAUUUGUUUGGUUAUGCUAUUUUUUUAACCUUGUGUAUACACGAUAAUCGUCCUAACUAAACCCUUUCGCAACUUUAUUUAUGAAAGUAAAUUGUCAAAGUGACAAGUGACAGGAGACGUGUGCAAUUAUACACCAGUGCAAUGUAAGGUGCUCUAUGGGCAUAUUUAAAAUUGAGUUAGUUUAAUGCGCAUGCGCAACUACAACUUUCGCUUAAAAUAUUUGUAUGAAAUUGGCUGUAAAUUUUUUAGAAGUAUACAAUUUGUUCGGUACCCAUAUUAUUUAAUAUUUCGAUUUUUGGACUUUAUCCAGAAAUGAAAUUACGCGUUUUAAAUGACAUUUAUUAUCAUUGAGUAUGCUAAAGGUCUGUUUCACAAUGUAUGUAUAAAGUACCAAAUAGCUAUGCAACACAUAAAUUAUUUGGAUGAUAAAAGUUCCGAAUAAGAAACAGCGUUUCAUCGGACUCAAAACUUAUGAUGGACUUUAUGUGACAAAUAGCUCUAUCUGACAGUCGUGAUACGCAACAAAAGUGUUUAUCCUACCAAUAAGUGAUAAAUAGCUUAUUUGGAACUUAUGUAGAACAUUGUACCGUACAUUGUGAAACAGACCCUUAAUGUUUUAAUUUAAAUCUAGUAGUGUAAUAUACCUUUUAUCUUAAUAUAAAUCGCACUUAAUGGUUAACCAGUGUAUUUUAAUAUUAAAGUUUUUGAACAUCUUAAAAAAGAUGUACAUUUUAUGUCGUAACAUAGAUAUAAAAAAGACAGUCUUAAAGACAAAAUAGUUUUUGAGUGUAAUUUAUUCCUAAUAAGAGCUGUGAAUCAUACUAAUUGAAAUGCUAAAUCUGAUGUACAACAAAACUUAACCAAGGCUGUUUCCACGGGAUCACAAAAAAAUGGUUUUAUGUUAUUUAUGUUGACUGUGAGACGCAAAUAGCUAAUGUCAAAGUAUGAAGAACAUAUACAGCGGACCAAAAAUUUUGUCUCAAAUCAAUUUCUAACACUUCCUAUUUUGGUAUAUACCAAUAUGGACGUAUACGUAAAAUGUAGAUUUGAAGCAAAAAGCCUCAACUUCAACUAAUUAUAAUUAUUAAUUAAUUUUACUCACUCCACUGGUUUAGCGACAAAGUGACCUUGGUUUUCGAAACUAGUUUUUGGUUAUAAAAAUAUGUUUGUAUUAAGCGAAUAAGUCUAAAGCGUACAUCAGAAGUAGCAUUAACCCAAUCGAAACUUAAAUAGGAUUAAUUAAGAAUUUGAAGUGCAAUUAUUAUGAAAAACGGCAUAGUGAUAGUUCUGUGAUUGUGUAUAAUAUAUGCCUGAAUCAUGAUUUUAUUAUAUGUUUUAUGCAUGCAUGAAAAUGUUCUAUAAUAAUCCAUUUUUAAUAUACAAAGUGUCAACUUUAAAUGCAGUGCACGCAGAAGCCACUAGGCCAUAGUGGCCGAUGUGCGACUCUCAUACCUGAGGUCGCAUGUUCGAUCCCCGGCAAUGGACUUUUUUCUAUGUGUGCAUUUGACAUUCGCUUGAAUGGUGAAGGAAAACAUC